GUUCGUACCAUUUCCAAGAUGGCGGCAAAGGCUAAAAAGGACAAGAAGAAGGGCAAGACGAUGGCCCUGACUGAUUUCCUGUCUGAUGAGGCAGGAAACCAGCAGGGCCCAGGAGCCAGCUACGUGUUCUCCAGCAAAAGCACUGACUGGGCGGCAGAGAUGGACAAUGCUGACAUGGCAGACAUUGACCCAGCAUAUUCACUGCCAAGCAUAGACAGAACAAAGCUACCAACUGCUCCAAAGGCUGCGAGAGGUCCUGAAGACAUGUCCAGAGUUCCGACAGAUCCCCCAUUCACAGCAUUUGUUGGCAACUUGCCAUAUGAAGCGUCUGAAGAGAAGUUGAUGGUAUUCUUCGAGCAGCUUGAUCCGGAUAAUGUGCGAUUACCUGACGACAAUGGCAGGAUGCGUGGGUUUGGAUACGUGCAAUUUAAAACCAGACAGGGACUGAUUGAUGCACUUGGAAUGAACGAAGAGGUGUUUGGUGGUCGAAAAAUAAGAGUGGACUUGGCUGGAGAAUCACAGAAUGAUAACCGUAAGGGUGGUGGUCGUGACGAUGGAGGUCCUGACAGAACAGAAGGCGACUGGCGAUCACAACCAAAGUCAGACUCAGCAUAUAGUGACAGAGGAAACUAUGGUCGCUCAGAUGACAGAGGGCCAAGUCGCUAUGAUGACAGGGGGCCGAGUAGAGAUGACCGUGGACCUGCAAGAUAUGAAGACCGAGGUUUUGGAGGUGACAGGCGAUCUGAUCGAGGAGGAGAUUACGGGGGAUUUGGGCGUCGUGAAGACCGCGGAUUCGGAGGCGGAAGAGACAGAAACGAUGAUGAUAGACGGGGUGGGUUUGGUGGCGGCGGCAAUAGAGACGAUGGGGGUCGAGGGUUUGGUUCUGGUUUCCGAAGAGAUGAUGAGGGUCGUGAUGGUGGUGGGGCAUGGGAGAGACAAACUUACCAGCCGCGCGCUGAUCAAGGGUAUGACAGAAAUCGUAGGGAUGGAGGAGGUGGUGGAGGGUUCGACAGAGAUCGCAGGGAUGGAGGUGGCGGUGGAGGGUUCGACAGAGAUCGCAGGGAUGGAGGUGGCGGUGGAGGGUUUGACAGAGAUCGUAGGGAUGGCGGUGGCGGAGGAGGGUUUGACAGAGAUCGUAGAGAUGGAGGUGGCGGAGGAGGGUUUGAACGAGAACGGGAGGAAAGAACUGACAGCAGAGAGCAAGAAGUGCCCAAGGAGCGCCCUAGGUUGAACCUUCAGCCACGCACGAAACCAGCCGAGGUUAUAGACAACCAGAAAGCCAAGCAGCCACCCCCACAACGGUCUUCUGCAUCCAUAUUCGGAAGUGCUAAACCGGUAGACACAGCACAGAGGGAACGAGAAAUUGAGGAGCGUAUGAUGCGACAGAAACAAGAACCCGCAGAAAAAAAGAGUUCACUCGAGUCCAGAGGUUACGGGUCCUCGAGAGGGUACGAGGAUACGAGGGAGAGACGAACAGAGAGUCAUACAGACCAUGAUAAAGAAAGCCGGAAUUUAUCACGUCCAGAGGGUGGGAGGAGACGAUCGGGCAGUGAUCGGUCUGAGGACGGGGAUGCUCGUAGGGAACGCCGUUCCAGUGGCAGCUCAAAGAAAAAAGAAAUAACCUCCCCUGCAGGUUCAGUAACAUCAUCCUCCGGUAGAUCUCGACAGGCGAGUGGCGACCCGUCUCACACGGAGGUUUUUACAGAGUCAGAAGUAGGGAAGGGACAAGGUUCGCCGGGCAACGCCCACCAGGAAGAGGCAGCUAAACUGGUUCCAGCACCACCCCCUAAGGAGAAUAUUUGGGAGAAGAGGAAAAUCACACAGCAACCAGGCCAGUCUGCCCCUGAGCCCAGGUCGCCUCCUGCAGGACCCAUCUCCCCUUCGGCCGAGCCAAGGUCACCUCCUGCUGGCUCCAAGGCGGAGACCAAGUCACCAGCCCAACCCCAGCCUUCUAGUACUUCUGCCCCGCCAAGGCAGCAGGCUAAAGCAGAGGCUUCUCCAAAUAAGCCGGAAGGGAAGAAGGAGUUUGUUGCUGCUGGACCCCCAAAGGAGAACGUUUGGGCAAAGCGCAAACAAGAACAGGUUGUAACAGCAAAACCAUCACCAUCUGGUCCUGAACCCACAACAGCGCCACCUUCAGUUCCUCCAGGCCCUGCAGGUGUGCCCAACGCCUGGGCAGGGCGGGGUAGAGGCGCAGAGAGGGGACGGGCCCCUAGGGGAGGUGGAGGAUAUGGGCGUGGCAGAGGAGCAGAACAGCCACGCAAGACGGAAAAGAAGGAAAAACCUUUGCCCCAGUCAAUAGAUGAAAUGCCGAAACUAGAACAAAAAUCUACCAAGGUUUUUGUUGACAGUAACAAAUUUGCUGGGUUGUUAGAUGAUGAAGAUGAAGAGGAAACAUAGGCAAAGUUUUAUACCAUACCAUAGACAUUUUCUAAACUGUUGACUGCAUUUUCUGAACUGUAGCCUGUUGUCUGCUUCCUCACAGACAACAUGUGUUCUUGAACCUUAUGGAUUCUAAGUAUAAUUAGUUCCAUGAAUUGAUGAGCAUUUUGGUUUACCUCUGCUUUUUAUUGAUAUGGGUAAAAAAGCACAGGCGGCAGUUACGUUGACAGGACCCAACCUAUUUACCUAUUUGUUGACCCCCCCCCCCCCCCCUCCCCAUUUUCUUUUAGAAAAUAGGGUGGACAAACUUUACAAAGUAAGAAAUAAUAUAAUAUAUUGGGAAUAUUUUGUCAUGGAAUUUUUGUUAAAUCGAUCAUGUUCCAAUCAUUUUUUUUUCUUGAAAAUAUAUAUAUAAAAAAAUAAUAUAGGGUGGGUCCUGUCAGUGUAACUGCUGCCUUUUGGUUAAAGCAUUAACUGUGGUUGAAUGAUAAUUUAUGCACAUAUGGAGAUUAAUAUUCAUCAUUUGCAAAAUUGUACAAAAGAGAAACUGCAUUGUAAAUAUCUGUAAUGUUUGAAUGGUUUCCUAUCAACAAAAGUUUUUAAUUGUGUUUAUGGAUUUCUUAUCAUUAACAACGUUUGAUGAUAAAAAAAGGUGUUAUGGAAUUUUGGUAAUAAUGGUAAAUAAUGGUUUAAUUACAUUUUGUAUACAUGUAAAUGUGUUUAUUGUUCAUUUGAUAUAAACAGUAAUGAGAAAAUCAGCGGAUGUGACUCUUCUGUACUCUAUUUUUAAAUUUUGGUGCAAUCUUGACUGUCUCCCUACCCUCAAAAAAUCUAUUUAAGAUAUUACAUGUACAUGGACAGAGAUCACAUGUGUAUGCUUCCAUUGCCUAGAUGCAUGUGUGGCAAGACCCAUGGCUUGCAUCCUAAAUAAGUGAUUAGUAAUUGUUUGAUAAUUGUUAGCAUAUAUCCACUUAUUCACUCGAGUUGUUUUUUUGUAUUGUUCUUGUAUUUCAAAAUCAGAAAAGAGAAUUUUUAUACUGAGAUAAGUAUUCAUUAAUUUUGUAAUGCAUUCAGCAUUUAUCAUCGUUUCAUUGCCAUUUAUUUCACUGUUUUAUUUCUAAUACAUGCAUCGUUAAUUAUUAUGAUGCUAUUUGUAUCGUCAUCCAAAUCAUUUCUUUAGCAUGUGUUAUUAGUUAAGAUUCAUACAUACUAGACUUUUGUUAUUGAAAUCACAUUUAUGAAUGAACUUAGUAUGCAAGAAUCGAGUUACAUGUGUGUGACUUAAUUUCAUUAGAUAGUCGUAAGCAAAAACCAUUACAAAAACCAUUUUAUCACAUAAUGUUUUGAGUGUAAUACAUAGGUAUUUUCUUGUAUUACACUUGUGUAAAAUGAAUUGAAUUUACAUAAUUUCAUCCUACCUAUUUAGUGUAAACUUUUUACAGAAUUUUUUUUAACUUUUACCAUUGGCAACAAAUGUGUCUGGUGAUAAAAGAAUCUUAAAUUCAUUGCCACAUAAUACAUGUAUUAUUUUAUGACACUUCAAUAAACACUUGCUAUAUAAAUUUUUCCUGAACUUGUUUUAUAAUUUUAUGUAUUUAAUGGCAUCAAGUAAGAUGAUCCCAUAUAGAUAUAAAUAUGCAUAUUUAAAUUCUGCUUUAUUAAUUAUAAGGUGUAUUUGGCUUCUAUUAAGCGUCAAUUGUAAACAAUUCUCUGCUGUUAAUUUAUGCCAUGUGGUCACUAUUUGUAUUACUACUGCUGAUAUUAUCAUUCAAUCUUUAACUCUCUAUACAGUUAAUAGUACAACCUUAUGGAAGUCAAGAGGAUUACAACAGAAGUCGUAUCAAUAAGGACCGCAUACCAUUACAAAGUCGUACCAUAUUUGGAUAACUCGUCCCAUAUCUUUGUUUCGUUGUACAGUCAGACCCUGUUGGCUCGAACUCCCACGGACUGGCGAAAAUACCUCAAUUCUCAGAAAAGUCAAGCCAAGAGGAAUUGCUUACCUUUAGUGUAAAGAAAUCCGUCCUUUAAUUCCAGUUUGAGGCAUCAAGGAGUUCUUGCCAAGUGAGUUUAAGUCCUUGGGGUUUGACUGUAUUACCACAGAUAAGGACCAUGAUUUUUGAAGUUUAGAACAUAUUUUUGUUAACACGUGGUACUCAAAUUAGAGAAAGCAUUAUGGGCGGUUCCCCAAAUGCGGUUGAGGUUUGUGUUGAUACGACUUCCUGUAUAUCUGUCAAGAGUUGUACAGAAAAUUGUCAAAAUUUUUAUCAGAUAAGUAAAGAUUCUUAAUGUUAAAUGUCAAGGUUGAACAUAACAGCAAUAGAUGAUAAGGGAACGUUAUAUGAUGUGACUGAAGAACCAGUCAUUUGCCAUUUAAAAGAUGUCUAAUAUACCCCUGUUUAAACGAAGCUUAAGUGGCAGCAAUUUCCCACCUGGAUUAAGUGGCCAUUUUGACCUUUUCCAAAGGUGGCCACUUAAUACAGGUUUGACUGAAUGCUAAUAAUCUGGAUGGUUUGAAUGCGGUAACUGAAUGAUUGUUGCCUUUUCUUUAGUUGCUAGUCUUGUAUGUAAGAAUUGCUCAAAAGAAUUGCAGAACCUGUACUUGCAUACAGGUGUAGGAUAAAAUCCGCCAUCUAUUGUAGAAUAGGUGGCAAAAUUCCCAGCAUCCACCCCAGCCCCAUGAUAUAACACUUGACACUUAAAAAUCACCUUCACCUUAAGAAAAUCACCUUCACUUUGGAAAGUUUGUCCACCUAUCUAAAAAACGGGGAGGGGGCGUCUUUCUAUGAAUGUUAGCACUGGCUUUCUUAUACAUGUUUGUUUAUUCAAGACUAGAGAAUAGUUUCUGUAUAUAGUUCUUUUAUAAUUGUGUGAUGCUUGUUUUGAGUAGAAGUGUCUUGGAGAUAAUAAAGUUGGUAUAUUUAUUUUAAUUGACUGCCUAUUGUACAUAAUCAAAUGAACUAAAAUGAUUAAAUGUAUAAAUUACA